CAAUUGUAUUAUGAACAUAGUAAUAAUAUAGUGACGAUAUUCUGAAAGCUAAGUUUCUCCUCUCUGAUCAGAAGUAUCAUUAUAAACACCGACGACUUCGUAAUAUAAAGGAUUUACUUAGCAGUGUUUUUUCACAGAAAUAUUUGAUACGCAAAUCGAUAAGAAGAUAUGGAAUUUUUAUGACGUAUGUAGCAGUGAAAUUAUUUUCGCAAUCUUAGAAUUAUUUUUGUAACGACGCAAUAAGAUUAUGCAACAUAUGGAAUGUUUUAUCCAAAUUCUUUGGAAAUAUGUAUAUCCCAGUUGCCAUAUCCAAUACAAAUAUGAAGUAAAAAUACCAGAUUAUAAGACAUUCGAAAGUGGGCUCCACUCUCGACCAUCUAUCAAACCACGCCUGGGAUUAAGGUUAAACGAAUUUUAGGAAAAUAUUACUGACUGUUGUUUAGUUAGCUAGCUUUUUUCAUUUCUUUGUCUCGAGCUUCGGUAUUGUAAUUGAUAAGAUUGGAUUUAGUCGAUUCUGUGUUCCUGUCUCUGAGUCAAAUUAAUGAUGGGUAAAAAAUAUUAUAAUACUUCCUCGCCAGUAGGCGCAUGGGAAGUAAAAACCCAGUAUAUAUGUUUUGUACAAAACCCCAAAACGAUGCGUUUGUUUGAAUAACUAAACAUCCAAUUUGUUUGGAAAAUGUGGUUUUAGGCUCCAUGAUCCCUUUCAGGCUAAAACAGUCUACCCUCCGACUGAGUUAUCCAUCCCAAUGCUAGUCAUGCAUUUAUCACUGAAUUUGAUCAUUUUCGUCUUGCUGACUUGUGUGAAACUCGCCCAUUUGUGUACCAACGAUGGGUACCCCUUUGAGUGCUACUUAUCUACCAUGACACCAUACCGGACUGUUUCCAACAAGGAUUUUUACAAAAUUCAAUUUGAUGGAUGUAAAGCAAAAAAGGCAUGGAUGGUAGUAAGACAUGGGACACGAAAUCCAAAGGCUGCAACUAUAGUAGGAAUGAAGGAAAGGUUACCUUUAAUAAAGCAGAAAAUCCUAGAUAGUAGUAGUUUCCCAAAUGAAUAUGUAAAAAAUCGCGAUUUGGACCUAUUCAGAAAGUGGAAACCUUCUGUUCAUCCAAAGGAUGAAAAAAAAUUGGCACAUGAAGGUGAGGAAGAGAUGUUACUUUUGGCUGAAAGAAUGCAAAGCCGCUUUCCAGCUGUAUUUGACAAUGUCUACACCAACACAACUUAUAGGUUCAAGUACACAUAUUCGCAAAGGACACAGAAAAGUGCUUACUACUUUGCCCGGGGACUUUUUGGUAAAGCCACUGCAAAAUCAGUUUAUUAUCCUGAACCUACCAAGCAAGAUCCAAUAUUGAGGUUUUACAAAUUGUGUGAAAAGUGGAACAAAAAUAUAAAGAAAAAUCCAGAGACUUUACUCGAAAAAAGGUUAUUUGAGAAUGGAAUUGAAAUGAAACAGAUUGUAAAUAAUAUUAAUCAGAGACUUGGAUUUAAAUCUUACUUAACUACUGAUGACAUUACUUUAAUUUACCACACCUGCGCAUUUGAAACAGCGUGGAAUAAAAAGAGCAAGUCUCCUUGGUGUUCCAUUUUCACUGUUGACGACCUGAAAGUACUUGAGUAUGUCGAGGACCUCAAAAUGUAUUGGCAGGAUGGAUAUGGAUAUGAACUUUCAUAUAAACAAGCUUGUCCCGCUUUUGGGGAUAUGAUCAACUUUUUGGAGUCAAAUGAUCCUCACUCAAAAGUCACUGUCUAUUUCACGCAUUCGGGGACUUUGUUGAAAAUGUUGGCUCAUUUAGGACUGUAUAAGGACGAGCAACCUUUGACAGCUGAUAGCUUUUCUAAAAUGUCCAACAGACAAUGGAAAACCAGCAAAAUCGACAGUUUUGCUACAAACUUGGCUUUUCUAUUAUUUGGGUGCGAAGAUGGAGACAAAAUAUUGACAUUACAUCAGGAGAGGGUGGUUAGGUUACCCAGCUGCCCGAAUUCAGAUUUAUGCAGUCUAAACCAAAUGAACAAAUACUAUGAAAACAGUAUUCAAAGUUGUGAUUUUGACGCUCUCUGUAACACUAGAUGAAAGAUUUUAUGUAUUAGUGUAUGUACGUUAAUAAUAUCUGAUGACAAAUCCAGAUUUUAUGGUUGAAUUUAAAUAAAACUCGUUGAUUUUUAAAAGUGAGUUUAUUAGAACAAGUUAACAGGUA